AUGAGGACAGAGGCAGUCAAGCAACGGUUCGGCCGUGCUGACAUGACAUGUCCCUCUCCGGCCUGCCUGCGCAUACAUACGGGGGCAGCUGCAUCGCAUCGGCCCCAUCUUAUUAUGUUGAGCACAGUCAGUCAGCUGGUAUGGAACAGAGGCAGAGGAGGCGAUAGGGCGGUAGCAACGGGGGGGAUAGUGAUGGACGCACAUGGGCGGAGUCUGUUCACAGCUCACAGCCGUGCGUGCAGCAACUACAGCACAGUAACACACCACCACCAUCACCACGCCACCACCCUCCCUCCAUCACCAUCACCACACCACCACCCUCCCUCCCUCUCCGCGCAAUUGCCGGCCCAUCGCGUGGUAGGGCGAUCCCAUGGCCGAUCGCUGUGUGCCCACGCCCACGCCUACGCCUACGCCCACGCCUGUCCCGCCCUCACCUGUGCCGCCCUCACCUGUGCCGCCCUCACCUAUGCCGCCCUCACCUAUGCCGCCCUCACCUAUGCCGCCCUCACCUAUGCCGCCCUCACCUAUGCCGCCCUCACCUAUGCCGCCCUCACCUCUGUGAUGUGGUUAGUGCAUGUGCUCGACGACGACGUAGUGUAACGUCCUUGCCCCUCUACCAAACUCCCGUUGCCAGUCAGACAGUCAGACAGACCGGACAGUCGUCAAGGGGAAAGGGGAAAGAAAGGCCUCUUCUCCCUUCCCUUCCCCCCCCGCGACCGAUCCCCCACAUCCGCCGCCAAGGCCUGUCACAUAGGGAGGGCACCCCUGUUGACAAUUUCCAAGACUGAGUUUUUGGAGAGUGGAUGCUCCACUGGUGUAUGCUGCAGCAUGGAUGGAUAGAUGGAUG